GAGAGCGGGGUCGGCGCUUGCGGCACUCGGGGGGCGUCGGAAGGGGGCUCUUCUCGGCGAGGAUGCCCGGAGCGGCGGUGGCAGCGCCGGCAGCCGCCUCUACCGGGGGGCCGGCGGCGGGGGCCGGCGGGCUGCUCCCUCCUCAGGAAGCGGCCAAGCUGUACCACACCAACUACGUGCGGAACUCGCGGGCCAUCGGCGUGCUCUGGGCCAUCUUCACCAUCUGCUUUGCCAUCGUCAACGUGGUGUGCUUCUUCCAGCCGUACUGGAUCGGCGACGGCGUGGAGACCCCGCAGGCGGGCUACUUCGGGCUCUUUCACUUCUGCACGGGCAGCGGCAUCUCCCGGGAACUCACCUGCCAGGGCAGCUUUACGGACUUCUCCAGCCUUCCCUCGGGAGCCUUCAAAGCCGCCUCCUUCUUCAUCGGGCUCUCCAUGACGCUCAUCAUCACCUGCAUCGUUUGCUUCAUCCUCUUCUUCUUCUGCAACACCGCCACCGUCUACAAGAUCUGUGCUUGGAUGCAGCUGACCUCCGCUGCCUGCCUUAUCCUUGGUUGUAUGAUUUAUCCUGAUGGCUGGGAUGCAAAAGAAGUGAAACGGAUGUGCGGUGAGAAAACAGACAAGUACACGCUGGGAGCUUGUUCAAUCCGCUGGGCUUAUAUCUUGGCCAUUAUUGGAAUCUUGGACGCCCUGAUUCUCUCAUUUCUGGCAUUUGUACUUGGCAAUAGGCAGGACAGCUUACUUGCAGAAGAACUCAAGUUGGAAAACAAAGUUGGUGCUUCUGUCAUUUAGAGAUGACAGAUACAUUGGUGUAUACCCGAAAUGACAGGACGUGUUUGAACAGAGACAUUUUGGAGGCCUAAUUGGGAGUCUGGCAUUAGAGUUACUCAAUGACACAUUCAGAAGAACAGAUGCAACAGACCUUCAGUACCAUAAGAGAAUGAUGGGAGCUGUCAGUAUGGAAAGAAGAGGCGCAGAAUACUUGAGGAGAUGAUCUUCUGGGGCUGAAGAACAAGAAUUGUUUCUUGCUUUCUUGCUGCACUCCUCUGCCAUUUCUGAAUUACCUUUUGGCUUCUAAUUCUUGCAUUGAAAGCAAUCAUUGGGGACCUGCUGGGGAUUAAUUGGCACGUGCUCGUUAGCUUUGCAGUGACACCAUCGCUUGAUAGAGAGCAAGGGUUGUCUUCUUCACUCAGCCUUGUUCUUCCAUGUUUUUCUUCUACUGUUGAGUUGGUGGUGGUGUCAGUUUGCUGUCUGCUAACAAGAGGUCAAAGAUGACAAAUUGCUAAGAGUAUUUCCCCUCUUCCUAUCACUGCCGUCUUGUUAUUUUCCUGAAGAAAGCUAACAGUUUCCUUCUGAAUAUGCGUGCCUCAGAUCUCCAUGAGAUAAUUAGUUGAUGUAACUGCGCCAUAGUCUACAUUGCACAGCUACAUCAAUAUCACAUGGGAAAUUGUCUUAGUUUGAAGGGACUGUGCAACUUCCAUGGCCACCAAUUAGAUGACCCAUCAAGGCAGUUUCAGGUGAAGUCACAAGAAAAUGAUCCUUGUGAAGCACACUUUGAUUGAACUAUCAGCCAAGGCCAUAGAGGAGGAAGGAAAUUGAUAUUUUUUUAAUGCACAAACUUCUACUGUCUGAAAAGCUGCUUGUUCCUAUAGAAA